AUGUUUUCAGAAACAUUCGUACCGUCGAUAUUCUCAUAUAAGCACCGCCUCCUUCACCUAUCUGUACUCUUUUUUAUAGUUCCGUAUUGGUAUAGUCACUACAAUGAGCAACACCGUCUCUCCUCCUACUCGGUCGAGACGGCGAUGUUUCUAUCGUGGGAACGUGCGAUCAUAAAACCGGGCGCCAUGUUCAAAAAAGCGGGUGAUAGGAUUCAAUUGCAACGUCGAUCUAAUCAAGGAAAAGAUCAGGAGACGUUGGAAUCGCUAGCAGAUUUGCAUCAAACAUUCGCGCAUUUCUUCCAACGAGGAGCCGCCGCCGAGCGGUAUAUGUCGUCGGAAGAUCAAUUUAAUCUUCUUGUCGCCGAAUCCGAAGCGUCCACCCGAUCCCAUCAUCAUAUCGGUGGAAAUGCGGCGUUGAUGGCGGAUAGAAUUGCGGCCAACUUUCCGAGUACCGAGGUUUACCUCGUUGGACCCAUUGGGCCACGAAGCUCGGCGCUGAUUCAUCCGAGUGUGAAGAGGACGAAUUCUACGAGGAUUUUGAAGCAUGAAAAUGAUAGAAUUGACACCGGAUUAUCUAUAGAGCGCACUUGUCACCUUGACGCGGAAGCUAUGCUCAAAUUUGUAUUCAAAAAAGCGCCAAAAGCACGCCAGGUAGCGUCAAAUUUCGUUGACGAAUUACACGUAAUUCUCGAAUACAAACAAGGCGAGAUUCUCGGCGAUUGGGUGGCGCCAAGUAGCAGUCGCUUCAUCACAUCUCACGAUCAUUUCAGCGGAUCGAUGGUCGUAAUGGAGAUGUUCUUCAAAGCGAUCGCCCAAUUCCGACCUGAUCUUGUCAUUAUAACAGGCGUCCAUUUGCUGGAAUUCCAGUCGAAAGAAAUGAGACAAGAGAAAAUGCGACUUAUUAAGCGGAAUCUCCUUCAAAUUAAUCAGAAGACCCCAAUCCAUCUGGAAUUGGGAUCUCUUGCAGAUGAGGUGUUCUCUAGUGACGUCAUCAAUAAGAUUCUCCCAUACGUCGACUCGUUGGGUAUAAAUGAGCAAGAGCUCACAUUCCUAUCGCAUAUUGCAAACGGACCGCAUAUGGAAGAGUAUCCGGUGCAGGCGGGUACUGUACAUGUGCAUAAAGUUGUUGAGAUGUUGCAUUGGUUGUUGAAGACGUAUGGAAGGGAUCCAACUGGACAAAAUCCGAACAAAAUCGGCUACCGCCUCUCGCGUAUCCACUUCCACUGUCUCACCUAUCACAUCAUGGUCUCAUCUGGAACCGAUUGGUCGAAUCUUGCGGCGGGACUCGCCGCCGGCGCACGAAUCGCCGGCCGCUUAUCGUGUAACAUCGGCGCGAACACAAUGGACUCGGAACUGCUGGAAAUUCGAACUGCCGCCAACUUUGUGUUGGAUAAGAAAAUGGAGAAAAGCUAUCAGUUUGAGGCGCAUAACCCAAUCGCCUCAUGGAUGCGUGAAGACGUCCUAUUCGUCUUCACACCCGUCCUCGUCUGUCGUCUUCCAUCGAAAACUGUCGGAAUCGACGACGCAAUUUCGGCCACCGGAUUACUGUACUCGCAGUUCUAUCGUCUCGGGCGGCCGACUCAUUGGUAG